UAAAUCGAAAUCUACCCAAGGUACCGGUACCGUUACCCAGAGAGGAACUGCAACUUUCUAAUUCCGUCGCCCAUCCCAUCCCAUCCGACCCCAUUCCUAUAGGGGCAUGGCCACAAGGGUGCCAAGCAUCCAGGCGUUUCUCAAACUUCUGUAGCCUCGAAGUCGAUCUGGCUCCAGUCGUUCGUGGCAUCCUGCGUCGCUGUAAUGUAAAUUACUGUAGUAGUAAAGUACGAUUGUCAGGAAGUAGCACGGAUGCAGGCAAGUUUCUUCUCUUCUCUCCCUUCAAGCAGGUGUGAAUUCGAUUAGUGCACACCCAAUAUCCCCCGCGCGCUGGUGCUGGUGCUCGCACUUACCUUCACCUGCUUUCCUCCUUCCUCUACAUCUCACUUCUUCUCUUCUCUUCUCUUCUCUUCUCUUCUCUUCUCUUUCUCUCUUCCCUUACCUACUUCUCUGCCUCUACUUCUCCCACAUCGACUUGCAUUUCCGUCUUCGUCCCGUGUAUCUACCAAACAACAUGUCAUCUGUGUCAUAAACGUCUUUUCCCCUCCUCAUAUAGCUUUGUUGCAUCCAUCGACAUCCGCUUCAGUCACUUGACCUCGCGCUAUUUCGUUCAGGCCGACUUUGCUCAGACCAAGAAUCGUACUUUCCAUUUGUAGCAAUCAUUCUGAUCCGGCUGAUAUACCUGAACCUUCUACCACCUGCAGGCCGGAAUUUCACCUUCAGGUUUCAACACUCGCCUCAUCACACAACUUCACCAACAGCCGCUGUGGAUUCUUUACAACGACGCCGUCCACUGGUUUAUCUUUGCAACCUAAAGGAAUCAAGUAUUGGAAGCAACAAAGGCUUGACAACAUACUCUGCUUCACAGCUUGUUUUCUUUUGGCUGAUUCACCCUGGCACCAACCACCAACCAGAUUCUGUUGGACGAAUGGGAGCUUCGUCUGCGAAUAAUCUCUACCCACUACUCCAGAUCUUCUUUUGCGGGAAGCUGCAGGUUUCAAGUCACUCAAAGCACGCACUUUGAGGAAGUCGAAAUCUUGAGAGACGCUCUGGGAGUGCUUUCGUAUUACUUUUCCAACACCACACUCGUUCGGCACAGUAUCGCCCAACAUGCAAUAUGACACUUCACCAUGGCCGGCCAAAGACAUUGCAUACACUUCGAUUGUGGGCUCGGUCAUGAUAGCUGCUUUUCUAGAAUGGUUUCUCUGGCUGGCAGCGUUCAUGUACUGCCUAGUGAAAGUCUACCAGAAGGCUGAGCAUUGGUCGGUCAAGGUUCUAGCCGUCCUGAUUGCCGUUGCAUUCACUUCACUGAGGCUCAUAUUCCUCCCUAUCAUGGUAGUGACCCUUCCCUUACCCGAUAAGAUCACUCAAUAUUUCCCAAAGUCGAUGGUGUCCUUCUUCCAAUGGUUCGGUUUCUGGUCGUUCGCAGGGCUCUUGACAGUCCCAUGGCUGUUCUGUGUGUAUCAGCUGGUCACGCACUCCCUUGGACGAACGAAGCGUAUAAAACAGGUCUUGGAUGAACACUCAGCACCCAAGGUGGUCAUUGUCAUGCCAUGCUACAAGGAGGACCCCGAUGUCUUGGUGACAGCUGUUGACUCAGUUGUUGAUUGUGACUAUCCCCCUUCAUGUAUCCAUGUUUUUCUCUCUUUCGACGGCGACCAGGAAGAUGAGCUGUAUCUCAACACCAUCGAGAAGCUCGGAGUUCCGCUAUCACUCGACUCCUACCCGAAGAGUAUCGAUGUAACCUACCGAACUGCUCGCGUCACGGUUUCCCGGUUCCCUCACGGUGGAAAGAGACACUGCCAAAAGGCAACAUUCAAGCUCAUUGACAGAGUAUACACCGAGUAUCUGAAGCGAAACGAUAACCUCUUUAUCCUGUUCAUCGACUCGGACUGCAUCCUGGAUCGCGUUUGUUUACAAAACUUCGUCUAUGACAUGGAGUUGAGCCCAGGCAAUGCUCGGGAUAUGCUUGCAAUGACGGGAGUGAUCACAGCUACCACCAAAAAGCAUAGUCUGAUUACUCUUCUGCAAGAUAUGGAAUACAUUCACGGGCAGCUGUUUGAACGAACAGUCGAGUCUGGAUGUGGAGCUGUCACUUGUUUGCCUGGAGCCUUGACGAUGUUGCGAUUCUCGGCUUUCCGAAGAAUGGCCAAAUAUUACUUUGCGGACAAGGCAGAACAAUGUGAGGAUCUAUUCGACUAUGGAAAGUGCCACCUCGGAGAAGACAGGUGGCUCACUCAUCUCUUCAUGAUAGGUGCGAAGAAGAGGUACCAGAUUCAGAUGUGUACUUCUGCAUUCUGCAAAACUGAGGCAGUUCAAACCUACACAUCACUUGUCAAACAACGUCGUCGAUGGUUCUUAGGGUUUAUCACGAACGAAGUAUGCAUGCUGACAGACAUGAGAAUUUGGAAGCGUUACCCGAUCUUGGCGCUGGUCCGAUUCAUGCAGAACACCAUUCGGACGACAGCUUUACUCUUUUUCAUCAUGUUUAUCUCCAUUAUUAGUACCUCGAAGAAGAUUCAAAAUCUCCCGGUCGGCUUCAUUGCCAUCUCUUUGGGUCUGAAUUGGCUCAUGAUGAUUUACUUUGGCAUCAAAUUGAAACGGUACAAAAUCUGGCUCUAUCCACUAAUGUUCAUUGUCAAUCCGUUCUUCAACUGGUACUACAUGGUGUACGGAAUUUUCACCGCAGGUCAACGAACAUGGGGAGGCCCACGAGCAGAUGCUGGUGCGGCAGAUGCUUCCACAAGCCCUCAAGAGGUCAUUGAAAAAGCGGCAGCACAAGGCGAUGAUCUCAAUAUCGUUCCAGAGACCUUCAAGCCGGCUGCUGAAGCUCAACAUAACCAGCCUACCCGGAUCACCCUACCUUUACAGCCACCUGAUCGGGUCGAAGGUCGCUUCACUGCACCUGAAAGGCUACCAGGCGGAUGGUAUCAGCAAUUGAAUGAUUCUUUGGUCAGCAUGGCACCAGGUGGCAUUGGUGGCUUAGGAGGCAGACCUUACCUCCACCCUAGAGACUCUUUUGACAGUACUGUCUCCAUUGGAACGUACACGAAUUCUGUGUACAUGCCACGCCGUGUUGAGAGUAUUAUGGGAGAAGAAGACAAGAAAAAGUAUGCCAUGGCACAAGCAAGUCAAAAGCUUGCUGGCGGUGCAUAUAUGACAGGAGCCGCUGGGCCGUCGGGCCAGGUGUACGAGCUCACAGAAGCGGAGCUCAAAAAGGGGGAGUGGAAAUCCUCUAUUGAGUCCUUGAGCUCAUAUCAUGAUGGCGCAAAAUCCCCUCCAGAACUGGCAUCGACUUCAGAGACUGCACCCCUUUCAGGAUCAUUGAUGAUUCCACCAACCACCGGUCAGAAUAGACGAAGUGGGAGAAGUCCUUUGGCUAGGGUCAGCCUGAUCAGAACUCCUUCUAGUGCAGGAUCUGCCAUCGAGCUCGACGAUCAACAACCUCAAACAACAUCACAAUCACCGAGUCGAUCGCCCCAGGAGCCGCGGAGAUCUCGUGCUUCGUGAGUCGUUGACUUUGCUCACACGGUCUUUCCCUUUCUUACAAUGGAUUUGCCGAUAUGAACAUGGAGCUAAAGAAUUCGGUGUUUACUAUACCCGCCUUUCAGGCAUUUUAUUUCCUUUGCUUAUGUAUACAAACUGCAUAGCCUGGCGUACUGAAAGCUGGGAGAAAUUUUACCUUUGGACGUUAGGGCUUAGAUCAUAGUCUUGCAUGAGCUAGAUAACACGUCGGUGACUGUAGGGACAUAGUGGACCGCAAAAUCGGUAGAAUAAUAAAUUUUUCCUGCC